UUCAUAUGCAUAACAUCAAAAGAAAAAUCUUACACAUAUAAUCACACAAGAAUCAGACUCAUAUUUGAAUUACAUCUUCCUCUCUGAUCCAAACAACGCUCAUGACCAUUCUUACUCCAAAAAUGUCAUUUAUUUUGCUUCUUCUUUUAUAUGUAACCCGAUUCGACAAAAGCAUGUGCAGCAAUCACACCACUCGAUGCAAUGAAAAAGAUCGAGAGACAUUGUUAACGUUCAGACACGGCAUCAAUGAUAGUUUUGGUCGGAUAUCAACGUGGUCAACCGAAAAAGAUUGUUGUGUAUGGGAAGGAGUCCACUGCGACAACAUUACCGGAAGAGUUACAAAAAUUGAUCUCAAACCUAAUUUUGAAGAUGAGCCAAUCAGAUAUUUGAAAGGUGAGAUGAAUCUUUGUAUUCUAGAACUUGAGUUUCUCAGUCACUUGGAUUUGAGUCUUAAUGAUUUUGAUGUGAUAAGAAUUACAUCAAUUCAACACAACUUCACACAUUCAUCUAAACUUGUCUACCUUGACUUAUCCAACAGCUUAAUUACUAGUAUGGAUAAUCUUGAUUGGCUUUCUCCACUUUCUUCCUUGAAAUAUCUCAACCUUAGUUUUAUUGAUCUUCAUAAGGAAACCAAUUGGAUUCAAGCAGUGAGUACACUUCCUUCACUAUUAGAAUUACAGUUGAGUAAUUGCAACCUGAACAACUUCAUAAUUGGAACAUCUUUUAAGUAUGUGAAUUUGUCUUCAAUUGUAACUCUUGAUCUUUCUUACAACUAUUUCACCUCUCACUUACUUGAUGGAUUUUUUAAUCUCACCAAAGAUAUCAACUUUCUUAGCCUUUCAGGGAACAAUAUAAAUGGUGAGAUACCUUCAAGCUUGCUAAAACUUCAAAAUUUGCAAUACCUUUUGCUAGCUAAAACCCAAUUAAAAGGAUCAAUUCCAGAUGGAAUAGGCCAACUAAUAAAUAUUAAAGGCCUUGAUCUUUCAGGGAACAUGUUAAGCGGUUUUAUCCCUUCGACUCUAGGAAACCUCUCAUCCUUAAAUGACUUAUCUAUUGGCUCUAAUAAUUUCUCUGGUGAAAUUUCAAAUUUACAUUUUGCCAAACUCUCCAAUUUAGAUUCACUAGACUUGAGUAAUUCAAAUUUUGUAUUCCAAUUUGCUUUGGAUUGGGUUCCUCCUUUUCAACUAUCUCUCCUUUCAUUGAAAAAUACAACUCAAGGCCCACACUUUCCAUCUUGGAUAUAUACACAGAAAUCACUGCAAGAUCUCGACUUAUCGAAUUCAGGAAUUUCAUUGCUAGAUAAAAAUAAGUUCAAGGACCUUAUAGAAAGAAUAACUGGACAACUUAUUUUGUCAAACAAUUCGAUUGUUGAAGACAUAUCUAACCUAACACUAAAUUGUUUUGACUUACGUUUGGAUCACAAUAAUUUCACAGGAGGACUCCCAAACAUAUCACCAAUGGCCAAUUUUGUUGAUUUGUCUUUCAACUCCUUCUCAGGAACAAUUCCACAUAGUUGGAAGAAUUUGAAAAUUUUAUAUCACAUUAGCUUGUGGAGUAAUAGGCUAUUUGGUGAAGUUUCAUUGCACUUCUCCGAUUUGAACCAAUUGGAAAUCAUGAACUUGGGAGAAAAUGAAUUUUCUGGAACCAUACCAAUUUUGAUUUCACAAAAGUUAGAAGUGGUCAUAUUGAGAGCUAACCAAUUUGAAGGGACUAUUCCACCACAAAUAUUCAAUCUCUCUAAUUUGUUUCACUUAGACCUUGCGAAUAACAAACUUUCAGGAUCUUUGCCACAUUGUGUCUACAACUUGACACAAAUGGAUACUGAUCGUGUGUAUGCAUGGCGUCCUGCCACAAUUGAUUUAUUUACCAAAGGUCAAGAUUAUGUGUAUGAUGUUAACCCGGAAAGGCGAACUAUUGACAUUUCAAACAAUAGCUUGUCUGGAGAAGUACCAUUGGAAAUGUUUCGGCUUGUUCAAGUUCAAACGUUAAACUUAUCUCACAAUAAUUUGAUCGGAACAAUACCAAAAGAGAUUGGAGGCAUGAAAAAUAUGGAAUCUCUCGACCUCUCUAGUAAUAAGUUUUAUGGUGAAAUUCCUCAGAGCAUCUCUCUCUUAACCUUUUUAGGUUAUUUGAAUUUAUCUUACAAUAACUUUGACGGAAUAAUCCCAAUAGGAACUCAACUUCAAAGUUUUAAUGCAUCAAGUUAUAUUGAGAAUCCUAAACUAUGUGGAGCUCCUCUUAGUAAUUGUACCACAAAAGAAAAAAAUUCUAAAACUGCAACGCCGUCUACAAAGAAUGAAGAUGAUGACUCUAUAAGAGAAUGGUUGUACCUAGGCAUGGGAGUUGGAUUUGCAGUAGGUUUCUGGGGGAUUUGUGGUUCUUUGUUUCUUAUUAGAAAAUGGAGACAUGCAUACUUUCGGUUUAUUGAUAGAGUUGGUGACAAGCUCUAUGUUACUUUGAACGUAAAGUUAAAUAGCUUUCUCAGAAACUGAGUUCAUGCUGGUUAAGGUUAUUCUGCAUGUGGCAAAUCCUGCAAUGUUAUCCAGAUUGGUGAUAUAAUUUUCCAAAUAGAGGAAAUAUUGUAAUUUUCCUGCAAUGUGAAUAAUAAAUGGUUCAAGUCAUUCUGCUUGCUGCAUUUUAUAUAUCUUGUAAUUACAAAAUAAGCAUAUCUGUUCCAUCAAAAGUACAAAUAUAAUGAACUCAAGCAGGAGAAAUGUUUAGUAUCAGUUCCAUCAAUAUUUUCCCAAUCGGAUUAAACCGAUAAAUAAG